UGUUCGAUAGCUUUAGCCUGCAGUUGAUCGAUUUGCACGGCGUUGAUUACUCUUCCCUGAGUUAGCCAAGGGCCUUGCCCCGCAAUGCGAGUUUAGCUUACUAUUUAACAAUUCUUCAUAAUUUCAGACCACGCUAUCAAAAAUCAUGGCAGACGACGAGUUGGAAGCAAUUCGACGGCAAAGAAUGGCAGAACUCCAAGCAAAGCAUGGGGAUUCCUCAAAGAAUCAGCAAGGGGAGGAGGCCAAACAAAGGGAGGAAAUGAAGAACUCCAUAUUGUCCCAAGUUCUAGACCAAUCUGCUCGUGCCAGAUUGAACAGUCUUGCUUUGGUGAAGCCAGAGAAGGCCAAAAUGGUUGAGAAUUAUCUUAUUCAAAUGGCUCAGUAUGGAUCCUUAGCAGGAAAGAUUUCAGAUUCAGGCUUGAUCGAGAUCCUAGAAAAAGUCAGCAAGCAAACAGAGAAAAAGACAACAGUCAAAUUCAACAGGCGGAGGGUGGACUCAGACGAGGAAGACGAUUAGCGCACAGGUGGAGCCGUUGAAUGAACCAGGAAAUGAAGGGGACGGAUUUCAGUGGGACUCUGACCAGUGUGUUCCUGUUCUCAUCCUGGAAUGCCGCACUCGUUUCUGUGUGCCUCUGGAAAGACACACCCUGAGAGGAGAACAAAGAGAUGGAAUUGGAAAUGUAAUUGGGUGAAAGUCCAAAGACAUGUUGGUUACAUUUUUUUUUUUUUUUUUUUUUUUCAAAUACAGUGUGUCGGGUUGCGGUUUGAUUUCUCUUGUGGAAUUAUUGACAACAUGACUGCUCAGAUUUCAUGAUUCUUUUUCUUCAUCAUGGUUUUAAAUAUUCACCCACAAAAACUGGGGGAAAAAAAACAACAACAGAUGAUGCAUUUCAUGAUUACUUCUGUUAGAACUCUUUAUUCUCCCGGGGAUGCAGUGGAGUUUGGACUUGGAAAUAGUUUUGCAAAUAUGUAUCUUAAAUGUUUACAGAAAAUAAAAAAAAGGCCUUACAUUCAAAUAUUGAUCCAGCUGUGGACUUUCUGCAUUGCUUAGGUCACCCGAUCCACCUCGUUUGGCGUGAGAGGUGCAGUAUCUCAGUAACUAAAUUUGGGAUGUAUAAAUAACCAGCAUUAAGUUAUGCUCAUUCAUUUUCAUAAACGGUAAUAUUUAAGCCAAUUGCAUGUAAACAAA